CGAAAAUAAAUUGGCCCAAAUCGGUGCUUAAUGGACUUAUCAUUCCGUGGAGAAUAGGAUCAAUAGACUUCAUUGUCGAUGGAGAAUAGCCUCGGCCUGAUUCCGUGAACUGUAGCCUCCAUAAUCGAAAGAAAAUGGCAUUUCGGAAAAAUCGACCAAAAUCUGUGAUGGUACCCCUUUGCAAUCUGCCAAAAAUUUACCCGGAAUAAAUCCUCCCAAAUCGGUGCUUAAUGGACUUAAUCAUCGUUGAAGAAUAGUCUCGGGCCGAAUCCGUGAUCUGUAGCCUUCAAAAUCCAAAGAAAAUGGCCUUUCGACGCCCACAAAAUUACGAAAAUGCCAUCCGAAAAUAAAUUGGCCCAAAUCGGUGCUUAAUGGACUUAUCAUUCCGUGGAGAAUAGGAUCAAUAGACUUCAUUGUCGAUGGAGAAUAGCCUCGGCCUGAUUCCGUGAACUGUAGCCUCCAUAAUCGAAAGAAAAUGGCAUUUCGGAAAAAUCGACCAAAAUCUGUGAUGGUACCCCUUUGCAAUCUGCCAAAAAUUUACCCGGAAUAAAUCCUCCCAAAUCGGUGCUUAAUGGACUUAAUCAUCGUUGAAGAAUAGUCUCGGGCCGAAUCCGUGAUCUGUAGCCUUCAAAAUCCAAAGAAAAUGGCCUUUCGACGCCCACAAAAUUACGAAAAUGCCAUCCGAAAAUAAAUUGGCCCAAAUCGGUGCUUAAUGGACUUAUCAUUCCGUGGAGAAUAGGAUCAAUAGACUUCAUUGUCGAUGGAGAAUAGCCUCGGCCUGAUUCCGUGAACUGUAGCCUCCAUAAUCGAAAGAAAAUGGCAUUUCGGAAAAAUCGACCAAAAUCUGUGAUGGUACCCCUUUGCAAUCUGCCAAAAAUUUACCCGGAAUAAAUCCUCCCAAAUCGGUGCUUAAUGGACUUAAUCAUCGUUGAAGAAUAGUCUCGGGCCGAAUCCGUGAUCUGUAGCCUUCAAAAUCCAAAGAAAAUGGCCUUUCGACGCCCACAAAAUUACGAAAAUGCCAUCCGAAAAUAAAUUGGCCCAAAUCGGUGCUUAAUGGACUUAUCAUUCCGUGGAGAAUAGGAUCAAUAGACUUCAUUGUCGAUGGAGAAUAGCCUCGGCCUGAUUCCGUGAACUGUAGCCUCCAUAAUCGAAAGAAAAUGGCAUUUCGGAAAAAUCGACCAAAAUCUGUGAUGGUACCCCUUUGCAAUCUGCCAAAAAUUUACCCGGAAUAAAUCCUCCCAAAUCGGUGCUUAAUGGACUUAAUCAUCGUUGAAGAAUAGUCUCGGGCCGAAUCCGUGAUCUGUAGCCUUCAAAAUCCAAAGAAAAUGGUCUUUCCAAAAAAUCGCCCAAAUUUUCACUUACUUUUAAUUACCUUUUGGUACCUAAAAUUUCUAAAAGCAUACAAAAUUAAAUGAUACAUUCAGUAAAUAUCAUCUCAAAAAUCAAAAUUACCUUUUGGUACGUCCUCUCCUUCCCUUUCCCAUGCAAUCAAGGUUGAGCGCAGUUUCCAUUUCUGGGUAUCUCAGGACAAACCCUUUCUUCGUUUCUUCUCCCGGCCUUUCCCCAAUCACCAAUUAAUCAGGAAAGGAACGAUUGAUUGGCUCCUUCGAACAAUCCCUCUUCUCACCUCGUUCGGCCAUGGAGGUGGGUCGUCUUUAGCACUAGCUCCUCUUCCUCUGCCUUCUCCCUCCCAUUGCAGGUGCCACGACAGGUUGGUCUCAUGAACCCAUCUGUGAUUUUCAGUGAGUUUCAAUCUGAUGACCACAUUAGCGGUUAUGAGAAUACCCCAAAUUGAACAAAUGGCUUUGGUUUUCUGAUCCUGUUUUGUGGGGUUAUUCUGUUUUUAUUUUUAUUUUUUGUCCUUUGCUGUAGUUCUCUUAAAGAAGUGGAAUUGGGGGUCUUGGCACUUGUGGCAGCCCAGGUUUUCCUGUGUGAUCGAUGGGGAUAUCACGGGAUAACUUUCAUGGACUUGUACUGGCUGUUUCUUCCAGCAUUUUCAUUGGCUCCAGCUUCAUUGUCAAGAAAAAGGGCCUUAAGAAGGCUGGCGACACUGGAAGCAGGGCAGGUGUAGAUUAUGUUCUUCUAUUUCAUUCCCGCUGGCCUGAACCAUUAAAAUUUUGUUUCUUUCUUUCAGUGCUGUGGUAGAACUAUGAUGGGAUCUAAUCCUAUAGUAACUGGUUGGUUUAUCAUUAUAGGUGAGGGAGGCUAUUCCUACUUGUAUGAACCGUGAUGGUGGGCUGGAAUGGUUACUAGUAAGUUCCCUCACAACUUCACAAGCUCCCUACUUCAUUUUGACAUCUUAUAAUAUAAACCAAUCUGGAAGCUGAAAAUUUUCUGAAUAACCUUGCUUCCUUUUCUUUAUUAUGUACAGUGAUUUUGGGGGAGGUAGCUAAUUUUGCUGCUUAUGCAUUUGCCCCUGCAAUUCUGGUGACUCCCUUGGGAGCUUUAAGUAUUAUCUUCAGGUAUGUCCAAAGAAAAAGCCCCUUCUGGUUGCCUUUUCCUGUGAAGGAAUUGGGUUGUGAUGGAAACCAUAAUUUUUGCAGUGCAGUGCUAGCACAUUUCAUUCUGAAGGAGAAAUCGCACAUCUUUGGUGUACUUGGAUGUGUACUUUGCGUGGUAGGUUCCACAACCAUCGUCCUCCACGCUCCACAUGAAAGAAAUAUUGUUUCAGUCAGAGAAGUCUGGCACCUUGCUACAGAACCAGGUAACAUUUAAUAAUGCCUACCCAUCUUAGGUUUUCUUUCUCAAAGGUUUCUGAAAUUAUGAAUCUGAGUAAUCUCUUUCGUUUGGACAGGUUUCCUAGUCUAUGCAGCUCUUGCUGUGAUUGCAGUUUCAGUUCUCAUUUUCUACGCUCUCUCAUGGGUUCCCUCACGGUUAUGAGUGUGAAAGCUGUUAGCAUUGCUCUCAAGCUUUCAUUUUCUGGGAUGAAUCAGUUUGUUUACCUCCAGACAUGGAUCUUCACCCUAAUCGUUAUCACCUGUUGUCUUCUUCAAAUCAACUACUUGAAUAAGGCACUGGACACCUUCAAUACGGCUGUUAUUUCUCCAGUCUACUAUGUGAUGUUCACCUCGUUUACCAUCCUAGCCAGCAUGAUCAUGUUUAAGGAUUGGGACUCGCAGAAUGCGUCACAGAUUGCUACAGAACUGUGUGGGUUCAUCACAAUCCUGUCUGGCACAUUUCUCUUACAUAGAACAAAAGACAUGGGGAACGCCACUCCUAAGCCAGAUGAGGAAGCUCCUGUAUUUGGAAACACAAACAACAGAACCCCAGAAACUGCUGCUUAGCAGAGAAAAAGGAUUACUGGGUUUUCCGGAGUCAGGGGAAUUGAGUUUUGAUCUCUUGCAGUUGUACAGAGCAAGUAAGUGGGUUGCACAGCAAACUGACCAAAGAAGUUUAAAGCCAUGGUAGCCCUGGUUUGGGACCAAAGAGAAACUUUAAAAAGCCACACCUUUUCUUCUCCACUUUUCCCAGCUGAGUUAGACAGAUUUCCAAGAUAUGAAGGUGGAGAGCAAUUGGGGUACCUUAGAUGAUGAUAUAAGAUUAGCCGAUUAGGGAUUUUAGGGAGAGUUCUAUAAUAUACUUCUGGUUCUGUUCUGUAAUAUCUGUUCAUUCCCCCCUGCUUCAUGUGGAGAUGACUUUUCGAUUCUUUUGGAGUUUCUGAUGUUUCAUACCCUUAUAAAUUGGUGAGUUUUUAGUUGAAAUUUCAUUCAACAACACCCUCUUAUGGUGAAUUUGGUACUCCAAACUCACCAUUCAAAUUCUGCAUUCAAAGUAAUCCAAAAAAUAUAGGAUUCCGAACCAAAGGAGAAGCCAGGCUCAAUUCUAGGCCACAUAGUGUUGUAGAAAGCUGCUAAAAAAGGGGAUUCAGAACA